UUUUAGACGUUUUAUUAAAAUAAAUUUAUGUAAUACAAGUACUGCAAUUUAUUUCAUUAUAAACCGCUAAUACUGUCCAUAAAUAGUUUCUCGUGAACAGGUCAUGUAACAACAUGACAUGACGCAAUUGAACAUUUAACACCCCACUCGACGAUAAUGAAACAUUCUCGAGACAUUUUCGGCGUAUGUGGUCUCGCAAUACGUAUAUCGGUCACCUCCUUUAAGUCGUAAUUACUGCCCCAGUUGUAGCCCAGCAGAUGUCCGCAACGAUAAGGCAUUGAAAUUUCGUUCUACGAUAAGGCUCAACUCUAACCAAAGGCCAGAGGCGUGCUGGUCCCUCUCCGCCUUUAUUUUUUCCCUCUCCGCGAAGGCAAAUCGAUUACGGCGCGACUUCAACACUCGACAAACCGACACGCUCACUCGUGGGCGCCGGGUAAAUUCGUGAAAGACUUUCCCUCGAAGAGCGUCGAUUUCCGGAAGAUGCAACGAAGAGACUUAGCGAGAAAGAAGGAGAAAGGGGAAAGGAAACCGACAGCGACAGCCUAACCGAUAAAUUAAUGAGCAUACAUGCAUCCACCAUUAUCCCGGCUUUUCAUAUCUCUCUCUCCGCAGGGAGAGACCUACGGCGACUAACCCCGUGCUCUCGAUCGACGUGGUGUGUGGACCGACGGCGCAGCGGAGGAGCGAGGACGAAGCGAGGCGCCGCGCCGCGCCGCGCCGCGCCGCGACGCCCGCCGCCUGCGUCGGGGUAGCGGCCGCGCGCAGCUGCAGCCGCGUCCGUCCGUCGCUCUUACCCCGCGAGGACUGUUCAGUGAACAAGGCGGAGCGGUUUCGAGCGGUUCCCGAAAGUCGACGUCUCGGCGACGGUUACUCGUUGUGCAGUGUACAGUGCUGCGGACGCUCAAGAAACCAAUCAGGAAGCCUCGCCGUCGAGCGAUACGCUCGCGUACGCUCGCGCGAGCGCGGCAGUGGUUUAUUACGUUUAUUACGCCGCCACGUAGAAGAUACGGACGUACGUAGACGGACGCGCGACGAACGCGACGUAAGGCGCUUCUCCCUGGGGCAUCGACGGCGCGAGGGUGCGCCAGGGAGGUCGGGAGGGCGGGAGGGAGGGAGGGGAGAGCAGGCGACGGGGAAGGAUGUCGAUGCGCCGUCGGUGGUCGGUUUCGGGGGUUGAUUCGCGCCGCGGGGGCGAUGAGCGCGCUUCCCUCCGCCCUGAGACUGACCUCCUGCUGCCGCUGCUGCUGCUGGCUCCUGCUGAUCUGCCUCGUCGUCUUCCUGAUACCUGCACCCUGCACCAGCGACACGCCGCGGCAGAUAAUAAACCGAACUCGGAAAUCGGCAGGUGAUAAUAACGCGGCGUUGCACGAGUCCAGCUACCUCGACGACGACGCCGAGGAAGAGCAGAUAUCCAACGGAAAUGGCGAGCUCGAAGACUGGCUCGAUGCAAACAUUACCGCGGAAAAAGGACGGUACUUGGGCUCGCCUUGCGACACCGAGUGCAAUUCCGAGCUACAGCACGUGUUCUGUGAUUCCAUCACUGGCCUCUGCGAGUGCGAAAAGUUCUAUCCCGUUCGUCUCGGGCCUACCAAGGGAUGUGCCAAACCCAAGAAACUUGGAGAGCAGUGCUUCUAUCGUGCGACGUGCACUUUUGUGGAUCAACAUUCGACGUGCACGCAGAUUCAACACAAUGCAGUAUGCGAUUGCGAGGAGGGGUAUCACAGGGUUGCUCUGUCUAGGCCUAACAAGAAAGUUUUUUGCGCGGAAGAUCUGGUGGUGAUAACUACGGACCUUCCGACUCUACUCUGCAUAGCGUCGGGGAUAGCCAUCUUUACGGCGAUGAUAUGCUUCGUGCUCAAACUAUUCAGCGGGGCGAGAUUUUCAAGGCCGCGGCAUUACGCUAAUGCCAAUCAUGCGCCACCCAUGCUGUUUUCUAGCGAUACGGGCAUACCGCUGACGUUACACGGACGGCCGUCGUCGCGAUCGAGCCAGCGAAGCAGCAGCGCCGGACCCCUCAGCUGCGCGUUCACCAGGAGGCCCAGCAGCGGCGGUAGCCGCGGACCCCUGGUACCGGCGUCUAGAGCAGGUGCGGCACGGGCCGCCGCUAUCUUGCUUAUAUCGUGUCACCUGCAGGCAACCAAGGAUGAGGGCAACAAGCACCGACGUACCCUUAGUGACGUGGCCGAGGGAUCAACCGACGCCACGAUCGGUUCCCGUCGACCUAGCUUAGCGUCGGUUCACAGUUCAACGUCCUCAUCUCGAAGCUACAGCGCGCGUCGACUCGAAAAGGAGAGAAACGAUAAGGAGCAGCGCCAGGCUCUUCAGGAAUUGCGGCUGGCGAAGCAGCGAGAGCAACUGCAGCAACAGCAGCAACAGGUGGUUCCGACACCCAGCCCUAGGACUCCCCAUUCUACGGACGAAUUGCUGCCUUCAGUUGAAGAGGGAAAAGAAUCCUUUUAUAACGAUCAGGUACCGACAAAAUCAGACAUUUCGGAUGCCAUCCCGACAACUAUAACGAUGAUGACGACGACGACGACGACGACGACGAUGACGACGACGACGACGACGUCGACGACGACGACGACGACGACGGCGGCGGCGGCGGCGACGACGUCGUUAACAACGGCGAUAACCAUUUCCAAUGAAAGCACAACCCGAAUGGGCGACACCGCGCCUAUGGCAACGCCAACAACCAUUUUUGGCACGGGCGUUGCACCACGGGCUUCCGAUGACAUUUUUCAAGUAUAGUCUUUGUCAAGUAUAACGACGAAGUCGAUGGACUCCCAAUUUAUUAACGACCUUUUUAUUGUAUUUGCAAGAACCAACUGCAACGGCAUCAAGAUGGAAGCGCGUACAUAAAAGACGCGGAGACACAUAACUUGCGAACGAAAUACGAAACUCUAUCAAUAGAGAUGAAUGCAUAAAUAUUGAGAAUAAGAUAAAAGCGUUUUUUGACCGCAUUAAAAAGUCAGCUGGUAACAACGCAUAAAAAUCAUUCGCAUAACUAGUAAAGGAAAAAGUAACCUUUAUCCAAACGACAAUUAGGAAAACGAAAUAUCGCGAUUUGUAAUUUUAUAAUUUAACUUUCUGUCUUUCUCUUCCUUUUUAUCUGUAUUUCUAAUUAAAAAUUAUUAGCAAAACUAAUGUGAGUAAAACUGAUUGUGAGAUUUGAAUUAAUCAAGAUUUCCUCUUAUCUCACUCUUACAGUAUUACAUUGCUUUACUAUUUUCAUAAUUAUUUUAUCCAUGAAUAUUUUAAUGAUUCUAUUUCUUUCUGAUAAUAUACAUAUGCAUAUUAAGAGAGCCUGCAUCGAUAACCUCGACAUGUCUCUGAAUAAUCUUAAAAAAAAUGUUAAUCGUCACUUAUUAUCUGUUAAAAAGUUAUUUAAAAAAUGUUUCAUAAAUGAAACGAAAUUUUUAUCAUUUAAAUCUCAAUCGUAGACCUCGCUUCGCACUAUAUAUAAUACAAAUAUAACCUACAGCUUUCGCUUGCUGAAACAACUGGGCCGAAUUCAGCGGAACGUUAGUUCUUUAAGUUUUCGUCCGCUAAUUGAAUUAUAUUUUAAACCUAGAAGAAAUAUAAUCCUACUUUUAAAAUACUGUAACAAAAUUAAUAUUCUGCUAUAUGGUGUGUUUGCUCAUUAUGUAAUUGUGUGUUAAGUGCCGGAAGGUUUAUUAUUUUGUUUAUAUUAAUAAGGAUCUGAAUUGGAUUUCGAUUAUUUAUGUAAGAAAUUUAGACAACAACGUCGUAGCCGUAUAUAAUUCACAACUAUAGUGUGUAUUUUAAAGAAAUAUUAGAUUUAAAUUCUAAUUCAAUAAAAAAAAUUUUUUAAGUAUAAAUUUUGAAUCACAACUAUAUAUUCUCUGCUAUACAAACUAUAUAAUAUUUCGAAUCAAUUGUUAUUAUAUUGUUAGAAUAUUUAAAACUUGAAAAUUUACGUUUUUAAUUAAAGCAGAGAACUUGUUCAUAAAACUAUUUUUAUUAUAACUUUUUAAGAGAUAGCAAUUUAACAUUUAACAAUGAGCGAUGGCUAAAAAAACUUUUUAAAGAUUAUUCAGAAAGAUAUUCUUGAUAAUACAUGUCUAAAUCAAAGUCAUUGAUGCGGAUUCCGUUAAUAUGCAUAUUUACUCUUUCUAUUUUCUACAAUAUUUUAUUUCAUUACUUUAAAAAAUUAUAUAGUUUACAUAUAAGCAGACAUUCAAAAUAAUAUCGUUAAUAUAUAUUUAACCCAUUUUAAUCUAUUUUAUAAUUUGCAUGUAAUUAUGGAAUUUUUAAUUUAUUCCCUUUUUCUUCCUUUCUAGCGUGUAAUAUUAGAAAUCGAUACUUUACACCUGACUUUAUAAUACGGACAAAGUAUUAAUGCAGAUACAAAGGCACUUUCUGGAUGAAUGUACUUGAGCACAAGUGUACUUAACGAAUUAGAAGGUGGCGACAUAACAUAUUUUUACUCGAUACUUGCACAGAUAAGAAUUUACGAAUGCAGGAAAAAAGAGAAAGAUUUAAUGACAUAAUUAAGUAAGCAAUCGGUGCAAUGAUAGAAUAACGAAUUUUUUUGGAUGCUUGAUAGAUACAGACGAAAAUAUCGGAAAUGCUUAUAUCUAUGUAUAUAAGAGAAAAAACGCUCAAUGUGCAAGGAUUCAAAGUUAAUGACAAAAGAUUUCAAAAUAAACUGAGGAAGAAAAGUGUUUUAAUGCUCUGAAAUAACUGAACUGAGAAAUCGCUAAAAAUAAAUAUUCGCUAAAUAAAUAAAUCUCUUUGGUAUAAAAUUUUUAUUUGUACAAAUAAUCUUACGGAGCUCAGUGAAGGCUGUUUUUAGAAAUCAAUUAUGCCAGAAAUAUGAAUAAUGUCAUUCACUUCAUAACAAGAAUCCGAUCGGUUAUAUUUUCAUUAAAAUUGCUUUCAUAAUUCGUAUAAUUUAAAUAUUAAGAUAUGUAUAAUUACAUAUCAGAAAUCAUAUGGUAAAAGCAUUGAUUCGCUUGACAAUAUUACUAUAAAAAUGCAUCGUAAAUUCUUUUUUUAUAAUUCUCAUAAUAUGAAUAAAAUCGUACUUCAUUCAUUGUAUGUGCAAUAAGGAUUAUUAAAGUUCAUCAAGAUAAAUUGCAUUAUUACGUAAAGAUUUCGAUCGAGUCUCUCAUUUCGAUGAUAAUAUAUCUGUUGAAUAAUUACAAGUAAUCGUCAUACGUCUGUUUAAAUCAAAUUGCAUGUAGACUCAUACGCGAGCUUGUGAAAUUGUUCGUCAGAGUGUGAGAUUACAUAUCAACAGAUCCUAAGGCACUAGUCCGUUCGAUUUCGAUCGGACGUGAUCAUCGCAUCGUAACUUUGUAAUCUAAACUUCUCAUUAAACAAUCACGAUAGGAAAGCUCUCUGAAAGGACAAUCUCGAGUGGAUCGAGGCUAAAUAUUCUUCAAUAUCCUUACAUAAAGUGAUACGAAGAUAUAAUUUAUCCAAAUUUAAUAAGACGAUUAUAAAAAGUAUGAGAAUUACGCCGCGUUGCUGCUAUUGCAGUUACUUCGCUUUGUUAAUUGGAAUAACACGUAAUAUUGGUCAUAUCUUUUUUUUUACUUCUAAACGCAGUCAUUUGACUUAUUUUAGGCAUGACCAAAAACAUAACGAUACCUUUUAUACCUUUAGACAAAAUAUCUAUAUGUAGAUAUUACAAUAUACUGUAGUAAAUUUGUUGUUGCAAUGAAAUCACCAUCACAUCUCUUUGUACAGUUUAUGACGUUUAUGACGACCGUCAUACAAACGAGGCAAGGAACUCGAUUAGUGUUUUAUUUUGUUAAUUAUUACUUGAAAAUUGAUUAAAUUAAUUUCCGCGUACAAUAUAUAUUAAACCAAUCUGACGAUAUCUAAAUAUUUGAAUGGUGACUCGAGAAAACUGUAAAGUCUUUUUCAUUGCGUUCACCGCAUAUUUCACAAUUUUGCAGACGUUAAUCGUAAGUUAGUUACAUUACAUUAAUCAAUCAACGCAUUUCGACGUUGUGUCACAAGCCUUCCGAAUACAAUCUUCGGCCACUAUUCACGUAAAAUAUAAAACGUAAUAAUAUAAAAUCAUUAAAGGACGUUGUAUACCAUAUAUACAUGCGGUCACACAUAAUAAAGAUUUGCAGAGAAUCGCAGCCACGUCAGGGAGGCGUAAAUCUAUUAUUAUGGCAAAACGUAUAUCAACAUUCUCUCGUGUUCGGAUAAUUGCUGCCGUUUCCGAGUAAAUAAUAAAUGAGAGAAGAAAGGAUAAAAACAGAAAGCGUUGAGGGAUAUUUUUAAAUAUUGCAUAGCGUGAACGCUGCAUAGGCAUACAUACGUACUUACACGCAAAAUUCAUGUACACAUGACACAGAAGUAAGAUUGUAUCUUAUACGUAUUGUGUUCGACAACGAUCGCACCUGGUAAUUAGGCUCGUUCGCGGUCGAUCGAUCUAUUAUCAUUAUAAGGCAGACGAUGGGAGAGAAGAUAUGAACCUGUAUCACAUAACACAGCCCGCAUUUCUCCGAGAUACUCAAUACUCGACUUGCCGCCUGAUUUACAAAAGUCGAUGUACAACGUUAUUGUUUUAUCCCGGUUUUAAAUGUUUACUGUAUCAUAAGAUUGUAAUAUAGUCGUUGGGCCAAAUAAAGCUCGUUUUUCGCAUAUAAGCACA